AUGUUAAGAAAGAAUCGCAAGAAAUAAAAUAUUGCAGUUUGUUGUUUUGUUUAUUAUUAUUGUUAUCAAUAUUGUAAUUUGAUUUAUUGCCUUUUUUUUUUUGUUUGGGUAUUUUUUUAUAUUUUAAUUUAUUAUUACUUUUAAAACUCAAGUAUCAAAAAAUUCAUCUAAACCUUACUAUACAUUCCUGUUAUGCUCUUCCCAUUUCAUGUAAAAAGUAAUAUAUUUAAAAUUAAUUAAUGCAAAUCAUUAUUUGAUGGGUAAACAAAUCACCUAUCUAUUUCUCUCACUCUUUCUCGUUUGUUUGUUUUGUUUUGUUUUAUUGAUUGCUUGUUUGUUUGUUUAUUUAUUUAUUUUGCUUGUUUCAUAUCACAUUUAAUCAAAAUUUAUUCGAUUUCCUCACAAUAUUAAUAUUUAAUUUUUAAUUUAGUUUGA